GAAAUGGGGCGGGAUAGAAGGGGAGAAGGAAGAAGGAGGAGAAGCCCAUGGAGCCUGGGAGUCCUCCUCAGCCUCUCCUCUCAGGCUCUGGCCUUCUCUGGAGGCUCUGCAACCUGGCCAUGGCCGCCUUUUUCGGGCUAGCCGGGGCUGUCCAGGUCAAUGACCCUGACCCAGGACUCUGGAUAGUUGCCUACUCUGUACCUGCAGUUCUCACACUGAUAGUUGGCCUUAAUCCGCCAAUUGCAGAUAACAUUGUGUGGAGGAGUCUGUCAGAUCUACAUACAGCAGCUUGUAUUGUGGGUGCUGCCAUCUUGGGGUGGUCCUUGUUUGCUAAUGCUCAGAAGAACAUUUUGCAUGAGGAAGAAGGCAGGGAGUUAUUUGGUCUGGUGAUCAUUACAGCCUGGAUGAGCCUUUGUCGUAGCUCAGCCAAAAGCACUCUGGGUGGGAUUCGCUCGGCCGCUGCAAUUUCUCUCUCCCUUUUCCCAUUUGUAAUGUGGCUGUACAUCUACAUGAAUGCAGAGAUGCGAGCAUCCUGGCCAUCUCACUGUAAAACAGUUAUUUAAUUUCUGGAAGAAAACUACUCAUUACCCAUUUCUCUAGAACUGCUUCUUCAGUGAUCUCAAAUCAACAGGAAUCACCACUGUGGCUAAGUUCAGUUAAUUCUAUCAGAGUCCUGAAAUUUUGGGAGAAACAAACCAAAAUUUUCUAGAUUCCUGCCUAGAUUUUCCUGGAAAUACUAUGUUAAAAUCAAGUGAAAUGGGUUUGUGUAAGGGACUGGACUGAGUGAAAACUGGAGUGCUGUACAAGUAGUGGGAGCCUAGAGCUGGCUUGAAUCGCCUGUUGAAGACAGUGCUAAACAGGGACAACAGCCUUAAAGGGACAGUGACAUCUAUCAUAGCCAUUUCAUUAACAGAAUGUAUAUAAAGCUACUAGUAAUUUGAAAA